AUGGCUGAGAAAUCAGGAAGCGGAUCUGGAUCUGGAGGUGUUGGCACAAUGGAUGCUCAGCAGUUUGUGGCAUUUUUCAGUCAAGUUGCACAGAUCCAGAGUCAUCUGAACAAGGCAAAUCCGAAUCAAGACCUUUCAAGUCCUUACUAUAUUUUACCGUCUGAAAAUCCAAGUAUACCUAUUACCAAUGUCACACUUACCAGUUCAAAUUAUAGUGCCUGGAGCAAAGCAAUGAUAAACGCACUUUAUUCGAAGAACAAAUUCAAAUUUGUUGAUGGCACCAUUCCUAAGCCUGAGAAAACAGAUCCAAAUUUUAAGGUGUGGCAACGUUGUAACACGUAUGUAGUAGCCUGGAUUAAUCUCUCCUUGAGCCCUGACAUAUAUCAGAGUGUUUUAUGGAAUAAUAUAGCUUAUGAUUUGUGGAACGAUCUUAGGCAUCGGUACUACCAAGGAGACAGGUUUAGAGUAGCUGAGUUAAAUGAGGAGAUUUAUGCGCUCAAACAGGGAGACAUGUCCGUUACUGCCUAUUUUGCUAGGCUUAAGAACCUUUGGGAAGAGGUUGAUGAUUUUAGAUCGAUUCCUGGAUGUGACUGCGUUAAGUGUGAGUGCGGUUUAGGCGUCGUAAGGCAGCAAAGGGAAGAAGAUAGAGUCACAAAGUUUCUUCGAGGUCUUGGAGAACAGUAUUCAACUGUUAAGUCUUAA